UGUAUCUUCAUUCAAACUCCGGUAACAUGCAACGUUUGACUCCAGCCCUCCUCACAAUCCUAUGGCUUCUAGCGUGGCACAGCGGGACUCAAGCCAGCUCCAGAGUCCCUUCCUUUGGGGUGAAACUAUGCGGGAGAGAGUUCAUACGUGCUGUGAUUUUCACCUGCGGUGGAUCCAGGUGGAGACGAAAUGAGGUUCUGCAAACAGGGGACCCUGCAGAGAUCUUCAGCAGCCUGGUCCAGAGUGAUGUGGAGUCUGAGGAAGAAGACAUUUUCAGCGAGUGGCAAGGCAGCCUGAGACCUCACCACAGUGAAAUAAUGGACUAUGGAAAUCCCCAGAGUUGGAGGGACCCCUCGGGAGGCCGGCGUGGUGCAGCAGCAGCUGAGGAUGCCCUGAGAGGGGUGGAAAGGAGAGGGAGGGAGGCAGCACUGGGCUUGUCUAACACAUGUUGUAAAUGGGGGUGUAGUAAGAGUCAAAUCAGCUCCUUGUGUUAAAAAAAAAAAACAUUUUGGGGCAUGGGGAGUGGGGUGAGCAGGGUCGGUGUUAUUGUUUGCUAUGAAAUAAAUAAAAGGAUGUGUGUGGCGAGGUUAAGGCAGCACUACAAAACUUUAUUAUCGUAUUAAGGUAUGCUACCAUAAAUCAAUCAGAAUUGUAGCCAAAUGACUACUAAACCACUGCUGAUAUCUCACCAAUAAUAACCACCAUUUGGC